GGGGCGCCGAGCAAAGGUUGUCCUCAAAGCCCAGGAUCUUCUCCGCAGCCCCGUGGCAUCAUGACGGUGGGCGCCCGGCUCCGGAGCAAGGCGGCGAGCAGCUUCGCGCGCCGGGGGCCCCUGGGGCGAUCUCGCGGCGCCGGGGACGAGGAGACGGAUGUCAUCGUGGAACACCUAGAGGGCGAGGACGAUGACCCAGCAAGCCAGGACGAUACGCGCGAGGAGGGAGGGCGACGCGCGGGGACCCCAAGCGCGCGCAGAGUGCACCUGGCCGCGCUGCCCGAGCGCUACGAGCCCCUCGAGGAGACCUCGCCAGGCGACAAGCCCAAGAAGAGGUUUCGGCGAAAACUGAAAAAGUACGGCAAGAAUUUCGGGAAGGCCAUCAGCAAAGGAUGCCGGUACAUAGUCAUUGGCCUGCAUGGAUUUGCUGCUGCCUACUCCUCCCCGUUUGGAGUGGCCACCAGCGUGGUGUCCUUUGUGCGCUAACCGGAGCUGCAGGGGCAGGCAUCACCAAAAAUGCUUCUGCCCCAGGGGACAGUGUGAACCCACCAGCACUUCGGACUCUAACUCACAGGAACUCUGAAGAUGGACUCUACUUUAUGCUCCAUUGUUGAACUGGUUGCCAGACAGAAGUAAUCCCCGCUCAUUCGCUGAGCCACUCGGUUCUCUUGGACAUGGGUGGAUCCGGGGAUCAGAUCUGUGGAGAUUUAGGCCAAGAUCAAAUUGGGGAUAGGGUUAGUUUGCUUCCUGUACCGGCUAGAGCCUUUCUGGGGGUACAGGCAAGCAGACUCGUGGCAGGUCUGGGGUCUGAGCCAUGCGGGUCGUGGGCAAGUUGUGAGGGGGGAGGAUGCAGACCUCUAAUGUGAUAGUUGCUAGGUUCUGGAAAGGUCAAGAUGGGCACGCCUUCCUUGAUCCCCUCACUGAGGGCAGUGAGGGAGCUGCUUCUACCGGCUCUCUCUCCUCCAUCACUGCUUUACUAAGCUGUCAUCGCGAGUUUAAUUACAGGUUUGGGAAGACAGAAAGACGGAAACUGUCUUUGAAGACCACGAUCCUUUGAAACCCGUGUUCACAGCUGUGUGGGGACUGUUGAAAGUAGAUCAGAGAGUGUCAUCUUCAUAAGUGUUUCAUAACUGCGCGCCUGGCAAUGAGGAAGGGAAGGCAAGUUCAGAAGCUGGGAGGCUGCAACAGGUGCCUUCCGAGGCUGAACCUGGUCCAGCUAUUGUGUUUGGAGCAGGCAGGACUCCUGCAGGUGUGACUGUCCACACCAGUUCACUGCUGACAGGUGCCUAACUCCACCAUUUGAUUGAGAAGAGAGGGGUGGGUAAAGUGGAGAGAGAGAGAAGGAAAGGAGAGAGAAUUUACAAGUAUAUUUAGUAUAUUUGGAGGAGCAACCAGUAAGUGAGAGAUGGGCAUGAGGAAAGAAGAAGAAAAGCCAAGGACGACACUGGAGAGGCAGUGAAGUUGUGGAGCCAAGGACACAUGCUUGUGAUGGAGAUUUCUUUGGGAGGGCUGAGCUGCUUGUGUGGGGGACUAGGGGAAGCUGGGGGACCAGAGGCACAGUGGUGGGUAACACUUCUUAGGCCAGUAUCUCACUUGGAUUCAAAAGUUAGUUAAUGUAGGCAUGAGUCCGAGACUUGACACCCGCCGAGGGUGGCUCCUUGACUAGCAUUGGGUGCUGCGAGAACAAGAGAAGAACCCCUCUAAAGGGGCGAGAACAAGAGAAGAACCCCUCUAAAGGGUAGGAUGUCUGGGACACUGCACUGCUGGGUCUCACGACUAUUUUUAAAGUUGUUCAUAAAGGGCCCUUUCACCAUGACCCUUGGGCAACCCUCCAGCAGGCCAGGGUUUCAACUUUGCUUCUAGAGUAUUCAAGUCCCAGAACAGAUCUUGGAACCUCUCUUCAGGAUCAGUUUAUUAGCCUAGGAGACACGAAGAAAGCCAAGAUGCUCAUCCCUUACCCGCUGGGCCCAACCAUCAGGCACUGGUGAAUGGGGAGGGUGGAAAGACAGAAGAGGAGCAGGUGAAGGAGACAGUAGCGGUUGCCCACUUAGACUCAGCCUCCCCUCUGGAGGCUCCUGUUGAAUUGCCCAGUCCCUGGAACUUUAUUCCUAGUAGUACAAGCAGGUUAUAUGCAGGGUCACACAUGUGACGGGAUGAUGCUUGCCUGGUAGGAUGGAAAAUGUAAAGGUGAAUAGGAGAAAAAGCCACAUGCAGUUGACUGGAAAGAAUCAGGAAUGGGAAGCUUGCAAGAUGCCUCCCCUGCCACCUCCUGAUAGCGGAGAGUCCCAGGGAGUCCACGACAUCCUGCUAGGUAGGGAGAAGUGUGACCCAGGGACGGGAUGAACAAUCAAAGAUGCUUUCUUUCCCUGGGAGUCUUCCUCCCCACCUUCCAAAUUGGAAAGUCAGCACAGCCAGGUCCGUCUGGCCCUGUGCCUCUCCAAGUCUGGCUAAGAAUUAACUCAGAAACGGCCAAAGUCAAAAGCUAGUCCUGGGACUCGCCAGGCUCGCUGGAAGGUGAACUUCAGCUCCUGGAGCAGACUGUGUGAUCUCAUCCCAUGUGUGGGACUCGUGGUUUGUGUUGCAGGCCGCCCAUUGUUGCUUUCCUGUGUUUCCUUGUUUGGCAGCAGGGCCCACACCCUGCUGCAACUGAAUUUAAGAGCUUAGCUUUCCCAUUACUGACGUCCAACAUUUUUUUUUCCUGUAUCCCUAUCUUGCCUUGUGGUGUAAAUAAAAGCCCGAGAUUGUCUGGUU